AUGACGCUUUCCUUGCUUUUGUUAUGCCGGCUGUUUGGCCUCGCAGUCGCGUUGAGCCCGAAGAUGGAUGUUGCCGGUGAAACGGAUGUCCUUGAGAGAGCCGUGGUGUCAACCCAUCUGCAUUUCCUUUCGCGGCGAGCCGAACUCAGCUCAUCCACUCUCAUUGCCAUCAUCGUUGGCUCCGUCGGCGGUGUCGCACUGCUUAUCACCCUCAUUCUCCUCAUUCGCCUCAUCAGGCGCAGGCGGUCGGACGACAAUCGGAGAGACAGCACUGACGACUCCCAAUAUCAGUAUGCCUCCGCCUCGGUCACGAGUCCCAACACACCGGCCAACUUCAUGACGCCGAUUUCUGCAUCUUCUAAUGCGGAAUAUUACAAUGCGACUCCAAGACCAUCUUUCAAUGCCACACGCGAAAAAUCUCCCAGACCCAUAACUGCUGAUCAGUCGCUGUGGUUUUCCGAACAACCUUCAGAGAAGCAGAUUGAAGAGCAGCCGACAGCACAGCAACGGCCAAUAACGCAGAACUAUUCAUUGCCCCGCCCAGCAACAGCGUCCUUCUCAAGCAUAUUGCCUCCUACGCGGACCCUGGAACGCAAAAGCUCGAUGCAGCAGUUGAUCGAAGCCACUGGCCUGUACGACGACGCGCCACCUUUGCCUAUUACUACGGAAAUGCCCGCGCCUACACCAUCACACAGUCCCUCUCCAUCCCUUAGUCGGACGAGAUCGACGCCAAGCCCCUCUGUUCCAACGUCGAUUACUCCUGAAUUGUCAGCAGCACUCGCUAGCAGGGCUACCCGACUUCGCGCAGCGUCCCCGCCGUCUAUUGACCGUGGGAAUUCACGAUCACCUCCUUACCAACAACUUCCGCUAGCCAGGCAGAAAUCUGAACCCAACUUCCGAGGGUCGCCACCCUCCCAAAUGCGGCCCAUGCUGACCGUUGCUGUCGCCCCUCCGGAGCCAAUUCAUCCUAUGACUCUCAUUCCUCGACCGCGAGAAUCCAGUCUGUCCCCUGAACAACAGAACAAUCGCACUCCCAUUACCCCUGUGCGACGGAGAACGGGGCACCAAAUAUCAGCGUCAGAAGACACCGGUGCUAUGUUGAGCCGUCCCUCGAGUCGGUUCAGCAUCUCACCUGUCGCGCGGUCUUUCCCAAGCAUGACGAUGAAUAUCCUUGGGCUUCGAGGACAAGGGGAGGACACGACUGCGUCUUCAGUCGGCGUGGGAGCCAGACGGUCACGACAUACGCGUAAAUUUGGCUCUGACGUAGUGUCAUAG